AAAUGCUGCUUGGGUAAAUGGAUGAUGGGCAGUGAUGGUGCACGUGGGGCCAGUUUAGAAGAGGUAUUUAAAGAUGUGGACGCGUCUCUCUGUCAAUGCGCAUGAUACUGCGGUUCCACUACUAUGGCACGCUCCAACUCACCUUGAAUCGGCGCACGGCCGCUCUCCUGUCAUUCGGGUGCGGGGCGUACGGAGAACCAAUACACGCCCCAAAGCCUCAAUCAGCAGCCAAUCCAAUGACAGAAGAGGCGGACCUGUGGCUGCGUUCUCACACUUGGUUUCACUAUGCGCUCGUAAAACGGCUCCGUCUACUACGAACGCGGCGGUGCAGGUGCUCUGUCUCUUCGGGAGAGGAUGCGGAUGGAAGGACGGGGGAGGGAAGGGAUGAAGGGAAACGCCACGAGGAAAGAAAAUAGGAUAUGAAAAGGGGCUUUUGCUAAGAGACAGUGAGGUGCAAGGUCGAAUAUGAGAGUUCGGUUGAACGGGGCACUUUGCGUGGUAAAAGCUGGUCGGCAAUAGUACUAUGAUUUGGUAUGUGGCCACUCUGAUAGCAAGUGUAUUCAGCACCAGAGGAACGGCCGCUCAAGGUGCCCACGGAGUGAGAGAGGAGCCCCGGUUUGUGACGGCGCGCGCCGGAGAGAGCGUGAUCCUGGGGUGUGACGUGUCCCCUCCCCUGGACGGCCAGCAGCCCCCCUAUGUGGUGGAGUGGUUCAAGUUUGGAGUGCCUAUUCCCUUCUUCAUCAACUUCCGCUUCUACCCUCCUCAUGUGGAUCCAGAGUACACUGGUAGAGCCUCUCUGCACGGGAAGGCCUCCCUACAGAUUGACCCAGUGCGCUCCGAGGACCAGGGCUGGUACGAGUGCAGGGUCCUGAUGCUGGAACAACAGUACGACACCUUCCACAAUGGCAGCUGGGUGCACCUCACAGUCAAUGCCCCACCUUCAUUUACAGCGACGCCGCCACAGUAUGUGGAGGCGAAGGAAGGGGGAAGCACUGUGCUUAGCUGCUCUGCCCAGGGAAAUCCAAAACCAAUGAUCAGCUGGCUGAGGGAGGGGGAGGAGCUUGCAUCCAACACAAAAUAUUCGGUACAUGAUGGCAGUCUAACCAUCCUUGCCAUCACUCGAGAUGACAGAGGGGCGUACACAUGCCGAGCCUACAGUGACCAGGGAGAGGUGCUCCACACUACCCGUCUGCUGGUUCAAGGGCCUCCAUACAUCGUCUCUCCACCAGAAAACGUCACUGUAAACAUAUCCCAGAAUGCACUCUUCACCUGCCAAGCGGAGGCGUAUCCUGGCAACCUGACCUACACCUGGUUCUGGGAAGAGGAUAAUGUCUACUUCAAGAAUGACCUCAAGCUCCGAGUGCGCAUUCUCAUCGACGGCACCCUUAUCAUCUUCCGGGUCAAGCCGGAGGAUGCUGGGAAAUACACCUGCAGUCCGAGCAACAGCCUCGGUAUCUCACCCUCGGCAUCGGCCUACCUGACUGUUCAGUACCCUGCCCGAGUGAUCAACAUGCCCCCAGUCAUUUACGUCCCACGGAAACUGCCAGGCAUCAUCCGCUGCCCGGUGGACGCCAACCCACCUGUGACAUCGGUAAAGUGGGAGAAAGACGGCUAUCCUCUCAGAGUGGAGAAGUACCCCGGUUGGAGCCUGAUGCCAGAUGGAAGUAUCCGAGUGGCAGAGGCCACAGAAGACUCCCUGGGCACCUACACCUGUGUGCCUUACAAUGCCCUGGGUACCAUGGGCAUGUCCCCCCCUGCCACUUUGGUGCUAAAGGAUCCCCCUUACUUUAAUGUGAGGCCUGGGGGGGAGUACCGUCAGGAGGCUGGGAGAGAGCUAGUUAUCCCCUGUGCUGCUUCUGGAGACCCUGAUAUACCAAGCAUCACCUGGAGAAAGGUGGGGAAGCCAAGCAAGAGUAAGCACAACAUCCUACCCAGUGGCAGCUUACAGUUUCUGUCCCUCAGCAAGGAGGACCAUGGAGAAUGGGAGUGUGUAGCCACAAAUGUGGUCACAAGCAUCACUGCCAGCACGCGUAUCCUAGUCAUCGGCACCAGCCCACACGCUCCUGGCAAUAUCCAUGUAUUACCCUCAACAACCUCUGCUAAUGUGUCCUGGGAACCAGGAUACGAUGGCGGCUUCGAACAGACGUUCUCUGUGUGGUACGGUCCAGUGUCAAAGAAAACAGACUUCGGUCCUCACGACUGGCAUUCGAUGCCAGUUUCUGGUGCUCAGACCUGGUUGGUGGUGCCAGGGCUGGAGCCUGGGACAGAGUACCAGUUCAGUGUGUUGGCACAAAACAAACUGGGCACGGGCCCAUUCAGUGAAGUUGUGACAGUCAACACUGCAGGCUCUCCUCUGGGUACCCCAGAACCACUGGUGCUUCUUACUCCACCACGGUGCCUCACAGCCAAUCGCACGCAGCACGGUGUCCUCCUCACAUGGCUCCCCCCAGCCAACCACUCCUCACCCAUCGACCGUUAUAUCAUGGAGUUCCGCCUUGGGGAGAGGUGGGAGGUUCUGGAUGACCUGAUCCCAUCCACUGAGACUGAGCUCAUAGCCAGAGACCUCGUUCAGGAGUCUUGGUAUGAGUUUCGAGUGAUGGCUGUCAUGGAUGACCUGAUCAGUGAGAGCAGUAACGUGGUGGGAGUGUCUAGCACAGAUCCCUUCCCCCCUGCGGAGUUACCUGAUGAGGGGCUGGCGCGGCCGGUGGUGGCGGGUGUUGUGGCAACUAUCUGUUUUCUGGCAGCGGCAGUACUGUUCAGCACUCUAGCAGCUUGCUUUGUCAAUAAGCAACACCGUCGCAAACUCAAACGUAAACCAGAUCCUCCCUUGUCGGUGACACACUUCAGGAAAAGCAUUGAGUCACCGCCUCCUCUCACCCCCUUGCCAGGGGUAGAGCCCUGCUGGGACGAGCCUGCCAGGAGCAGUUUCUUGCCCCCGCCCGCCAGCCCCCUGUUAUCAUCUGGGAAGAUAAGUCCAGAGAGCUCUCCUCCGUCUCGGCCCCGCUCUCUUUCUUCAGAGGGUUCCCACGGCCCAGGCCUGUACGUCAGGAAGCUGCCCAGCCCUCAAAGAGAACGGGACAAAGAGCUCUCCUUCUACAAGAAAACCAAGCGUGCCAUAGCCAGCAAGAAAUACAGUGUGUCCAAGUAUGAGGCAGAGGUCACCACGCCUAUCGAGCUGAUAAGCCGCGGCCCCGAUGGCCGCUUCGUCAUGGAGAGCCCACCGCCCCGGCGCAUCCACGGCUUCCCCUUCGCAGAGGAGUCUGACAUGUACCCUGAGUUCCGGCAGUCUGAUGAGGAGAAUGAUUUUGACCCCGGGCCUCUGCCGCCCAUCAUGCCCACGCUGCGGCCCCAGCUCUCCCCAACGUCCUCCAGCCUGGAGUCAACGCAGCCCCCCACCUACAGCCCCCGCCUACACAGGGCCAUGGAAGGUAUGAGCUUUGCAGAGGGCAGUGCACUUCACGCCUCAGGGCAGGCCCCGGCCUCCCGCUACAGGGGCUUUCCCCAGGGCCCAUUUUAUGGGUAUCUAGGCAGCCGCAUUGAUUCAGGGAUUCCACCACCAUUCUACAUGCCUGACAUCAGCCCGCGUAGCUCUGCUCUGUCCUCCCCCCCAGGCACUGCCGAGGGGCCCUUUGGUUACCCCUCCAUCCCCGAGGAGAGUGGAGAGAUGGAGCGCCAUCAGUACACUGCCUCUGGCCAUUCUCUGUCUCACACACACAGCCCUCCUCCUCGCUCUCCUGAAAGCUGGCAGCCUCAUGAGUUACCCUUCCUCGGUCUAGAGGGUCCACGGUUCAUAUACCCACCACACCAUCCCUCACAUCAUCCCCAGGACCUCCCUGAUCCACCCCCAUACCCUCCUCACUCUCUUCCUCCCAGUCGCCUGCACCUCCAAUCCCUAAAGGAUCCAACAAGCCCUGGACUCCUGCAGCUGGAGGUCCCUGUGGCUCCCCCAGGCAGAGACAGGCCCCUGGGGCCUCCGGUUAGGCGUUUAGCUAUGCAACAGGCCCAGAGUCUCGGCCAGCUCAGACACACGUCCCACGGUGUGGGUGUACCAGUGUUGCCUUACCCUGACCCGGCAGCCCGUGCAGGGAGCCCAAGCACAGCCCCCAGUAGUAGCCCUCAGUCCUGGCUCAGCCCGAGGGCGGGGCGCCGGGCAGACCCCAGCCUACCCCCACUAGUACUCCAGCCCUCCCGCCUCUCUCCGCUCUCCCAAAGCCCCCUUAGCACCCAGCCGGGUUCCCCAGAUAUUCUAGUGCGACCCCCUCCGCGCCCCAGCAUCCUCCGCACCUCUCGGUCUCUGGAGAUGCCUGAAAUCACCCUGCAGCCCUCGGCCACUGUCACUUUCUCCCGGAGGUCCUCCCUGUCCGCCUCUCCCCCUCAGAGCCAAGGCGCCAGACACCCCAGCCCCAGUUACCAUGCCCACAUGUCCUAUGCCUCCACUGCAGCCAGUUACCCCUCCCAGUCCCCCUCUCCCCCUCUGGAGGGCAGGGAUGUUUUCGGGCAGAGGCCAUCCCAGAGAAGGACAGAGGAGGAGAUGCUACCCUCAGAGCCCUCUCAGCUCCAGAUAUCAGCCUCAGGGGAACCUCUAGGUGCGUCUAGUGAUCCUGCCGGGUCUGAGAGCUUACCAGCACUGCUACACCACUGUAUUACUAAAGCCAAGGGAGUGGCUGCCAACAACAAUAACAACACAACCUCCGGAAGGAGAACAGGUGUGUGUCCCUCUCAGACCCAGCAGCAAUCUCAGACACCCCAAGAGGGAGAGGAUCUCCACAGAAAGAGGAAAAGGCAAAACAAGAAAAACCCCUAUCUCUAUUUGACCUCCUUCCUGCACCGCAGGCAGUCUGAGGAGGACCAGACAGGCAUACUGGCCAGUGCAGACUCCGAGGGCCCAAAUUAUGGGACUCUACGCUGACCCGUGUGCCCACCAAGCCAUCGGACUCGACUAGACUGACCUCCCCUGAAAAAAAUAAAUAAAACCACCUCAGCCCUCUCUGCUCCACCCCACUCUCUAGCUAAUACAUUUCUUAUAAUCUCUAAAAGUUCAUCUGUGUUCAAGGAGCGGGAAACAUCCAGCUGAAUACUCCAGGGGUCGGACAUCUUACCUGUAUGUGAAGACAAGAACAAUGGCUUUUCUGAGUUGUCGCCACUACUUGUCUCUGAGGACUUUCACUUGAAAAUGCUCUGAAAAUAUAUAAUGUAUAUAAAUAGUAAAAACAAGGGAAUUAAGCUUCUUCCUACAGUAAUAAAAAUGUGUUGGUUGAGUAUGUGACAACACGUUAAAGAUUUUUCACUCACUGGUCAUUGAGGGGUCCAUAUCUUUAGGUUUUUCAGUGAUACAGUGUACUGUGAAGCCUGGUGCGUCCUCGGACAUGGACAUGAGUCUACCUUUCCUACAAUACAAAUAGUGUCAGUAUUUAAACACAGGGUUCUUACCACAAAAUAUACCUCAGAGUAAACGCAAAGUUGCUGUAAUUCUUGUGGUAUACUGUACGUACUUGACCUUUUUCUUACAUAUGAAACGUAUGGAUAAAAAGGUUUAUAUCACGCUCCGCACUCAUUCAAACGGAUAAUAUGGCCUAACUUGAUCUAAUUUAGAAGCUUUUUAAUAUCAGUAAUAGCUGGCAUCUCGUGUUUAUUUUUCAUUUAUGAUCCAAUGCCAACCAUUAGAGGACUGUCUUAAUUGUAGUGCUUGAUGACUCAGUGUGUUCACACUUUUCAUUAUGGCACCGUAUUAAGAUGAAGAUCAUAGCCUUCAUGAGAACUCUCAAAAUAAUUUGGGACAACAGAGGUUGGAGUUGUAGGGUCAGAAGAACAGGGUGAUGAAUUGUGAAGUGUACUGUAGUAUGUAUUUCAUUCUUUAGGAAUCAUUUGUGAAACGCGGCACGUCUCGAGGUGCCUUUUAUUUGCCUUUUCUCUCUUGUUUAUUCUAACAUAAACUGCCUUUUCCUUCGCCUUCCCAUAUUUGUCUCUUCGGGGGCGGAGUGAGGGACUCUAAUACUAUGUGUGUUUUUACUUUCUCUGCCAAGGACACAUGAGAGAAAAUGCAACAGAGGAUGCAUAGCUCUUGUUUUAUUUAUUUAUUUUUUUUUUUACAUUUAUAUUUUAAAUGGGUACCUGCUUCAACUGUGUAUAUCCAAGUAAUAGGACAGCACCAGAAUACCCAUGCAAAGAAAAAUAAAAAAAAAUACAGAAGUUUAGAUUCAAAAAAGGCAAAUGAAUCCCAAAAAUAUACCUUCAUUGGAAAAGUACAGAAGCUGUACUGUGCAUGAGUUUUCAUGCGGAAAGAACAAACCAGUAGAGUAGGGAUGUUAAUGUUUAAUAACAGCCUUUAGAGGAGAAUGUGAUUGCGUCAUAAAGCUGUUAACAAGCAAUGGGAAAUAUUCAAAUGAUGGCCACCCUGACUGUUUAUCAUUAACAACUGUAUAUUACUUGCUAGCUACUUCUCUGUGGGUUUGAUCUUUUUUUUUUUUGACACUAACCGAUAAUGAAUGUACGUUUUGCUGUACAGGAAAUGAAUGUCCCGAUGUCACAGUACAUUGAAUGACCCAUGACGUUGUUUAAUAGUGCAGCUGCGAUUGGUGAGAUGACCAGUUGGCACAUUAAGUCCAAACUGUUUAACUUCUCUGUGUGGUUCCUGUAUGCGAUAAUACUGUAACGAACGGGCCCCACACAGGUUCUGAGCCAAGUUCCCUUUCUUCUGAUGGCCGCAAAAACAAAACCAGAUUUCCUUUUAGUGCUAAUGCUCGUUCAAUCGCUCAAAGACAUAUCAGAUAUAUUUCCGUCUGCUACAAACAAAUCACAGGUUUUCCGGCCAAUUUCCACUUGAAUGAAUCGACUCAAUGUCUGCUUAUUGAAAUCUCUUUUGACAAGUGAGAGAGUGACGAUUGCCUGAAAGUGAGCGUCAAAGUGCGUAUUCUACUUUAACAAAUUGGUUUUAAUGUAAGAUACGAGUAAAAAAAAUCUAUAUUUGUUAUGUACUGUACAUGGUAUGUAUUGUAUUUGUAAAGAUGAAUCAAACCAUGUUUUACAGGAAGACGUUCUUGUAUGAGGGUGUAUAAAAAGACGGGAAGGAUCCCAAGGAAGAAGAAAUUAGAUUAUAUAUCAAAGUAUUUGCUUACAGUACGGCUUUAAGUGGAUAAUGUUUCUAAAACAUUUUAAGGUGCCUCAUUUGUCAUGCUUUAGCAGACAUUAUUUUAUCUGAGAAGAAAAGAAACCUUAAUGUUAGUACCGUACGAUGUAUUAUCGCCAUAGCCCGCUGGCUGCACAAGUUAAGUAGUAUUUUCUCUGAUGUAUAGUACGUGAAUGCCCAUUGGAAAAAGCUUUAGAAGCAGAAGUGUGUUGCCCUCUAUAAUAAUAUUCCUGGAACAAAAUAAUACUGUAUUUUGCCCGUUCAUGAGCACACAUGUAGAUUCACUUCAGAUCUUUUCGCCUUCAGGUGUCCAAAGCAAAUAAACUGAAGGAAACGUUUUUUCUAAGAGUCACAGACAUGCUAUAGUCAUAUACAUUACGUGUGUGCUGUGGAGAAAAUUGUGUUUACAUUAGUUUGAUAAAGAAACGUGUGUUAGGGCAUAGUUGCUUUGAACAUUACGACUUGGUGCUAUGUUUAACAUUGUGGUGCUGUAGAAUAGAGGUCUAAAGAUUUUUUUUUCUCUUCUGUUUCCACAAGCAACUCUUUGGGCCCUGUGUGUUUGAGCAACUAAACUAGCUCCGGUAGACAAUAUAGGUCCUUAUCAUAACAGUAUCAUGGUGUGAUGACAGUAAUAGACAAUACUGGGGGGAAAAAAAUAGUAGUAUAACCUCAAAUAAUAGAGACUUGUGACAUUCAAAUGAACUCAAGAUAAUCUGUUUUCUAUAGUGUGUUUGCAAUGUCUGUCUGUGCUUCCAAGGUACCCUCUCUAAAGUAUAUUUGUGAUGAUAUUGAGAAUUGUAACCCAGCCUAAAAAGGAGAAACAUAACCUGAUUUAGAUUAGGACACAACCACAGGACACGUGGGAGGGAAUCUGAGAGCAUGGUCAGGUCAUGAGGGCAUAUUUUCUACACACUUCCUGUAGGUCUACCAUCUUUGGUUAACAGCACUGUUUUUCAAGCACACUACUGCAGGGGCAUCACAGCCGUCUCACAACAUUUUGCCAUCUUUUCAACGUUCGAAUUCCUACUAGUACUGUACAGUAUGGCCACGAGUAGUCAUCAGACCACAUUUGUAUUUAUUGCUGAUUCUUCUGGUAGAAAGGUAUUGGGAAAGCUCAUACAUCCUCUCUGUGCGUUUAAGCGAAUGGAUGUCGUCUUCCGGGCUAUUUUCUGCAUAUUCAACAGACACAUGUACAGCGUUUAAGAGGGCUGCUUUGGACGUAACUGUUAGCUCAAUUUUAUUUUUUAUUUUGUUCAAUUUUUUCUGCUUACAGCUUUUAGUGCAUCACUAGGUGCUGGUAGGAUGAUACUUAGAACCGAUUUGAUUUUUUAUGGUAUUAAUCUUGCAUGUAGAGACAACACAAAAAAAACGCCUAUUUAGCAAUCAUUCAUGGACAUCCGAGCUGGUUGUUAUUGGACAGAAAAAUAGAAAUAUGUAGUAUUUUCUAUAUUCUCUGUUUUUUCAUGUGUACCAGCACUGAGAAACUAGAAUGUAUUAUUAUCGUAGGCUACAAUAAGCACUACAUCGUUGACUGUUUUAGCUAAUGCUCAUACUCAAGCAAACCAAGUAGUGCUUAAAAUGGAAGAAAAUUUACUACAUUUCAUUUUCAUCCACUGAACUCUGUGCUGUACAUCACAUGUUUACAUUCUGUAUUAUAUGUUGUUUAUUGUUUUGUACAUAAUUUGUCUCCAUAACAUUGUAUUCAACAAUGUUCAUAUGUAAAUACUUCAAAACAAAACUUUUUUUUUUUACUUUUCUCUGUUUUAAAAUGAUAACCUGAUGUUUCUCUUUGCUUUUUUUUUUUUUUUUAUAUAGACUUGUCAUUCUGUUCUGUCACUACAUCAGGUAUUACGCUUUACUUAACUUUUAUGUGAGCAAUUAACUCAUACUGUAUGGUGCUGUACCAAAGCCUUAUGUAUAAUAUUUGUAUUACUUUCUCUCUUGUUUGCCACUGCUGUCCAGUGAGUUCUGUAUCGUCUGAGAUCAUGUCUUACUCACUCUUCAUGUUCAACUGCCAUGGAUCUCGUUUCUUUAUUGAGUGAACAGAAACCCGAAGGAACUAUGAUGUAAAAACACUCUGGCCUGUAACCAACAUGGCCUGGAUAUACAGUAUAGAGACAGACGCCAUC